AGUAGCCUGACUUCAUGGCGUUUUUUCUCGCACCCUGAUGACUAUGCCGAACCACACGGUGUCCGUGCUGGCCGCACUGUGGUUCUGUUUUGGCCGACACGUCUUCUGCGACUAUCUGAGGCCAGAUUGUGAUAAUGGAAAGUUGCUUGUGGAAAGGGAUCUACCUGCAGAUGCCAUCUACUGGAGCUGUCCUGCUCCCGCUGCUUGGUUAAACUCCACUCAGAGGUUCUCCAGUGUCACCACAGUGUAUGAUCUCGAGCUUCCCAGGCCGGUUUGCAUAAAUGAGCCAAUUUCUUACCACCACAGCAUCCCCAAUAGCGGUGCGUUCAGGCCAGUCGGAGUACAGAGUGGAGAGUACUUGUACUGUCCUCCUCAACGGUGGCUUAAUAACCUGCAUCAAGGAGCUGCCAUAUUGCUCUACCAUCCCUGCGCAGCCUUCAGCGAGCGUCCGUUGGUGUCCAUCCUUGCCCGCUCAUGUCUCCUCGACUACAUCAUCACUCCUCACCCACAGCUCAACAAAUCCAUGCCUGUAGCCUUGGUGUCUUGGGGGAGAACGUUGGAACUUUCCACUGCGGCUUCUUCAGAUGUUUGCCAUUGGCUGCAGAGCACGACGACCUCGAGUAGUCACAUCAGUGGCAACUACAACUUCCUGUUGACACGCGCUACAGAGCAACAUGAACACACACGUCGAGAGGGACGUCAUGCAAAGACCAAGGAGACUGUGAGGCAAUGCUGUGAGCAGAUAAUCUCAUCAUGGAUUAAAGGAGGGAUCGAGGCCGAGAAAGGUCCCACCCCAAGGACCAGAAACAGGCAAGGGCAAUCGAGGCAGGAAAGGGCUGCGAUCCCACCUAAUGAUGACAUAAAAACAAAUGGAACAUCUCAAGUGUCUCAUGUUUUGACAUACCUGAAAAACAGCGACACACAUGAAGCACGGAUACAUUCUCCAGUGGAUGCAACUCUUACAAAUCUGUCUGAUCCGAGGAAAACUGAAUCUCAAAAUCAGGAUUUGUCAUCCAGAUCUGCAACACAGUUGAGGUCUAAGGUGUCAGGAACUAUACAGAAGAAGAUGGUACUCCUCAAGGUCCCCGAGACUGAUAGACGUCGGCCUGCAGCUAAACACAGCUCCACUGCAGAAGGACAAGCACUGGAAAAUGAAGUGGUAGAUUUGAAAGCGAGAGAGUUGGCGCAGGAAAGUGACACAAAGGGGCAAGAUGAGUCAGCACCUCCAAAACACACUCACCCAGGGCGGGGGACUGACACCGACAACUGUGACACUUGCGCAGCAGGACAACAGUGUGACUGCGUCAAGGACUCCGAAGGCCGAGCCACGCUGGUGAGCGGCGGCUUGGCGAGGACCCGAAGGUCGAAUGACGCGGUGUGGGCUGCGGGGGCUCUGGGCUUCCUGCUGGUUCUCCUCACACUGUCUAUUUUGCACACGCGCCUCUACCGCCAUUGGAGGACCAUGCCCAGUCUGUACUGGCACGACCCACAGCAAGACUACGACAGCGUGGCAGACGUUAUUCAAAGAAGGCUGCAAAUUGCAAAGAGGCGGCGGAAGAGAGGCCGAAGACAAGAGUGUGCUCUCCUGCCCAGCUCCUCGAGCUCGGAAGAGUACAUGUAGAUGACUGAAGGAACCACCGUGUUUGGGAAACUUGUGCAAGAUCGAGUACAUUUGAACCUUUUAGUUUGAGGUUCAUUUCAUAAAGGGACAAUUUUUUUUUUAACAGCAAGUUGUAUAUUUCAUAUUGUAAAAAUUUGCUGUUCAAAUAGUGCACCAACUAAUAGUGUAUUUCUUACAUUAGAAAGUUCAUCAUGUGUGUUAAGUAACAGAAACAGACAUAGCAGCGGCCUAUUUGGGUAAAUUAGUAAUAGGUUCACUCCCGUGACUUUUGCACAAUAGUUGAAAAGAAAGCAGCCAAAACGUGGACAAUUAACUUGUUUUAUUAUUUUAUUACAAAUGUACAGCUUA